GUCAAAUUGUUUAGAAGAUGUAUCUUGAAUACAAAUGUGGGUUUAAGAACUAUAUAUAAGACCCUAAUUUCUUUGUCUGUCGGUGGAGCCGGUUGAGCGGUGUAACUGGUAAAAAUGAAAUUGCAAAUUUUGUUUGUCCUCCUCUGCGCCGCUAGCUACGCAUAUGGUCAGUAUAAAAAAGGCCCCUACUAUGGUAGGCGGUUCAUGGGAUACGGUGGUCGCUAUGGCAUCGGUAGAUAUCAUUUCGGCGGAUUCGGUAGGGGUUUCUACGGAAGACCCUAUCUGGGCUAUAUGGGAGGUAGAGAUUAUUAUAGCAGAUACGGUUAUGGCGGAGACUUUAUGGAUGACAUAGGAGACUACUACGGAGACUUUGACGGUUACGGUGAUUACGGAGAGGAUAUGGGUUAUUAUGGUGGCCGUGGCUACUCUAUGCGAGGCUAUCAUGCGCCAGGUUACUAUAGGCGAGGCUACUCUAUGCGAGGCUACUACUAUCCUGGCAAAAAAUAUCAUGGCUUCUACGGUCCUGGCUACUACAAUCUUGGCUAUUACAAUCGUGGCUAUUACAACCGUGGUUACUACAAUCGUGGUUACUUCAAUCGUGGUUACUACAAUCGUGGUUACUUUUAUCCUGGCUAUCGUAACCCAUAUUACAAAAAGUUCUGAUUUACCAAAUACUACAAUGGACACCAAGCAACCAUGAAUGUUCCUGCAAAAUCGACAAUGUUUUUACCUGUGUAUUUGUCUUAAUACUUUAAUAAAUACGGCCGUAAGCAAGCAAAUACAAACA